AUGGCAGAGGUGAAGGUAGAGGAGCCAGAAGCGGAGGAAGAUCAGACGGAGGGAGAGGAGCUAGAGAAGGAGGAAUUGGAUGAGUUCAUUUUGGACAUUGAGAUAAAGGAGAACAAGGUGAAGGUAGAGGAGCCAGAAGCAGAGGAAGAUCAGACGGAGGGAGAGGAGCUAGAGAGGGAGGAAUCGGAUGAGUUCAUUGUGGACAUUGAGAUAAAGGAGAACAAGGUGAAGGUAGAGGAGCCAGAAGCAGAGGAAGAUCAGACGGAGGGAGAGGAGCUAGAGAGGGAGGAAUCGGAUGAGUUCAUUGUGGACAUUGAGAUACAGGAGAACAAGGUGAAGGAGAAGACAGUUUCUUUCAAGACUUCAUAUUCAGGUACAAAACAGAAUGGAAGUGAAUUGAGGUAA